GUCUUUAGUCUUCCCUGUUCCCUUCGGGGGCCGGAAGGGGUUAAAUCUCAGGCUCCGGCAUCUGGGGAGAAGUUAUAAUUAUUCAGUAUGUUCCCACUGACCGAGGAAAGCAAGUGUUUGGCCCGGUUGUUACUCAAUACUGGUACUUGUCCAAGAUGUAUCUUCAGAUUCUGUGGUGUGGAUUUUCAUGCACCUUAUAAACUUCCAUACAAGGAGUUGCUCAGUGAACUACAGAAAUUUCUGGAAACUGAAAAAGAUGAAUUAAUUUUGGAAGUUAUGAACCCACCUCCCAAGAAAAUUCGACUGCAAGAACUGGAAGAUAGUGUUGAUAAUCUAAGUCAGAAUGGAGAGGGAAGGAUUUCUGUUAGUCAAGAUGGAAGCAUUGCUUCCAAGAACUCAAAUUUAAAUGUAUGUAAUAUAUGCCUAGGAAUUCUUCAAGAAUUCUGUGAGAAAGAUUUCGUUAAAAAGGUGUGCCAAAAGGUUGAGGCCUCUGGGUUUGAAUUCACCAGCUUGGUAUUUUCAGUCUCCUUCCCACCACAACUAUCUGUAAGAGAGCAUGCUGCAUGGUUGCUGGUAAAACAGGAAAUGGGAAAGCAGAGUCUGUCGCUGGGAAGAGAUGAUAUAGUUCAGCUAAAAGAAGCCUACAAAUGGAUAACUCACCCCCUGUUUUCAGAGGAAUUGGGUGUUCCCAUUGAUGGAAAGAGCUUGUUUGAAGUGAGUGUGGUCUUUGCUCACCCAGAAACAGUUGAGGAUUGCCACUUCCUAGCUGCGAAAUGCCCAGAUUGUUUUAAGCCAGCCAAAAACAAACAGUCUGUAUUCACUAGAAUGGCAGUUAUGAAAGCCUUGAAUAAGAUAAAAGAAGAGGAUUUCCUUAAGCAGUUUCCUUGUCCUCCAAACUCACCAAAGUCUACAUGCACUGUUCUUGAAAUUGAAUGUGCUCAUGGUGCUGUUUUUGUGGCUGGGAGAUAUAAUAAAUACUCCAGGAAUCUACCACAAACUCCUUGGAUAAUUGAUGGAGAAAGGAAGCUGGAAUCUUCAGUGGAAGAAUUAAUUUCAGAUCAUCUAUUGACAGUAUUCAAAGCAGAGAGUUUUAAUUUUUCAUCCUCUGGAAGAGAAGAUGUAGAUGUGAGAACAUUAGGAAAUGGAAGGCCCUUUGCAAUUGAGCUGGUGAAUCCUCAUAGAGUACAUUUCACUUCACAAGAAAUUAAGGAACUUCAGCAGAAAAUUAAUAACUCAUCUAACAAAAUCCAAGUACGUGACUUGCAGCUUGUCACAAGAGAGGCAAUAGGACAUAUGAAAGAAGGUGAAGAAGAAAAGACAAAGACCUACAGUGCCUUAAUAUGGACAAAUAAAGUGAUACAGAAGAAAGACAUUGAAUUCCUGAAUGACAUAAAGGACUUAAAGAUCGACCAGAAAACACCUUUGCGCGUUCUUCACCGAAGGCCCCUGGCAGUGCGAGCUCGCGUCAUUCACUCCAUGGAGUCGCACUAUGUGGAUGAGCACCACUUCCGCCUCCAUCUGAAAACUCAGGCCGGCACUGCCUUAACCAGUGCAGGGCGCACAGUACUCAGAAAAUACUUCUGAUGGAUUCACUUGCUGUCUUGACAUUUUUUGCAAGUCACGUAUUCAUGAGAAUAUUUGAGUCUUUUCAACAUUUCAUGUAUUUUCCUUAGGUGAUUAAACACAGUUGGUAGUUGGGAAUAGCACUACUUUACAUCAUGAUCUUUUCUUUGCCAGUGGUCCAGUACAGCAGGGAAUAUUCUUUUCUUUACAGGCCUUGGGAAGAAAACAAAAAUAAAACGUUUCAGAUGUCAUAUCAUUAGUUAGCUCCAUUUUCAGACUGCAGAGAGCUUUGACUGUGUUACAGAAAGGUUGAGAUUCAGAGUUAAAAUAUCUGUAGUCUAAGGCUGAUAAUUUGUUCAUAAUCUAACCUGACGUAUGAUUUUUGUAUCAGAACUGAGUUGCUGAUUAAAAUAUAUCAGGGAGCUCCAGUAAGCUUAGCUUUAGUGUACUUUUCAAAGGUCUUCCUAGUUUUUGUUUCUUGGAUUUAUAUUAUUCUGUGAUCCAAUAGCAUGAAGUGACAAAUACCUUCUAACUGGUAUAGAACUAAUGAUGUACUAUUGUGUGUGUGUGUGUAUAUAUAUAUGUACACACACACACAGACACACUAUAUAUAUAUGGGGAAAAAAGCAAGUUUUAAUCACCAAAUACCAUUCUUCCUAUAUUGCUGUAACUAGUCUGCCUGUCUUUCCCCACCAGCCUGUGUUCACUUAUUUCUCUGCCCCACCUCAGGACCUGGAUUUACUCAGCUAAGCCAAGUAUAGGUUAUCUACUUUUAAAAUCUUCUAAAUUUUGUAAUUUGGAUCAAAGGAGGAUCAAUUUAGACUCCAGUGGACAAAUGUUUGUAUCUUUGUUGUUUGGAGCAUAUUUGCAUAUUAUGGAUGGAAAUUCAAAUCAUGUAUACAUUUUUAAAAAUCUUCUUACCUAAUUCUGGCCUUUAGUUUUGGUGGGCCAAAGAGAAAUGUCUUUUGUAGAAUUUGAUGUCUUUUCAAUCCUAUUAAAACAUUUUUAGAACCAGCCAUGUACAUGUACUUAAGGUGUUAAUCAAGAAAGACUGUUAGAGCUUUAGAUGCCACAUGGUUAUAUACUAAAGUAUGUGAAUUUUUCACUUACUAAAUUUACUUUGUAUAUACCUUGUAUAUUCACAUGGACAGGUGCACUGAGCUAGCUCAUUUGACUUAAACCUUGUCCCUCUAGUUAUGAAUAAGAACGUCUCUGGACAUUUUAACUGGUUAUUCUGGGGCUAUUUGGUUUUUUCUCCUCAUCACUGCUACACAGAGGGAGCAUUCUUCAAAGA